UCCCGAGUCAAAUUGAAUUGAAAAGCGAUCUGGGUCUGAGUCAGUCGAGCCUGGAAGUCGGACGGGAUCACAACGAAAAAUCGAAGCACGUUUCGGGAGACAUAAUUGUUGCUAUCAGCAUCGGUGCAAUAUAUUAAAAAAAAACUAAUUUAUUUUAUUGUGAAAAAAAAUCUGAACAUGGCCAAGUGGCUCCUUGGCCUUUGGCUAGCGAUCCUGGUUGUUGAUCGACCCGGGGUUAUAGCUUAUCGAUCAGGCAGCGGCUACCCAAGCGGGCAGUUGGAACAAGUCGGGUUAUCAGCAGCAGAGCACGGGCAAUCGAAUUACGGCACCGACCAACAGCAGCCUAUUUACCAUCGGGAUUCGCCGUGUCCGGCGCAUUUUACGGGUCUAGUGGCGUAUCCCCACGACUGUCAUCGCUAUGUGAACUGCUUCCAAGGCAGUCCCACCAUCCAGACCUGUUCACCCGGAACACUGUUUAAUGCCAAGAGCCUGGUGUGCGAUCAUCCCAACAAUGUGGCUUGCCCAUCACCGGAAUCGGAAACCACUCGUUUGGGACGACUAACGCAAUUUGACAGUAAACCGAAAUGUCCAGCCGGAGUGAAUGGAUUGCAUCCGCAUCCGUCGGAUUGCACCAAGUUCCUCAACUGCGCCAAUGGCCAGGCAUUCAUAAUGGACUGCUCACCAGGAACUGCCUUUAGCCCAUUAACGCUUGUUUGUGUGCACAAGGAUGUCGCCAACUGUGGAAGUGGAGGAGCAGGAUCUCUGGGCCACGGCUACUCUGAGGUGUCCUCGGAGGACCUUGGUUGUCCACCCGGUACACGUGGCCUUCGUCCGCAUCCCCACGACCUGCACAAAUAUCUGCGAUGCGGGAUAGGUGUUAAGACUCAGGUGGAGCAGUGUCCACAGGGAAUGAUCUUCGAUGGCUCCACUCUGGUAUGUGUUCAUUCAGGCUCCUUUCAGUCCUCCUCUUCCUCCUUUACCUCUGCUGAAAUUCAGGUCAACUAUCUGCUGUGUCCAGUGGGAGCAGUUGGCCUGUUUGUUCACCCCUUCGAUCAGACCAAGUUCCUUAGUUGUAAAGAUGGUAAGGUGGCUGUGCAAAGCUGCCAGCCCAAUUUUGUGUUCAGCAUAUCGAGGGGAUACUGUCAAGUGAAAACACAAUUAGCCUUCAGCGACUAUGUGACAUUAAUUGUCUCCCAGAUCAGCUAUGAGUAUUCAUUGACCCUCACUGCCUGUCCUGGCAGCAUCAACGGCAUCUACUUGUAUCCCUACGAUGCUGAAAAGUACGUUCAGUGCUUGUCUGGUGGCCGGAUGACCAUCCUAAGCUGUGGUCCCCAGAUGGCCUUUAGUGUGUCCCAAAGAACUUGUCUCCCUCGUCGCCAAGUUCACAGCGCUGAUCGGGUUAAGUUCUGGGAGGAAGUUCAAGUUCAGACGACGUAUUCCUACCACGACAGUCAGGGGCACGCUCAGAGCCAGUUGUCACAACUUAGGUCGUGCCCAUCCAAUGUCCAGCAAAACUACCCCUAUCCCUUCCAUGCUGGACACUAUGUAAAGUGCCAGAAUGGAGCAUUAGAGAUUGUCUGUUGUCCCACUGGACUGCUCUACAGCCUAUCUCAGAGACAGUGCGUCGCUCGUCAUCUACUCUCUGCCCAUGACUAUCUGGAUUACUCUUACAUUAGUGCUGAGUUUUCGACUGAAUUUUUGGUAGACCGGUCGACUCUUACUUGUCCGCCUCAAGUUCAGGGAUACUAUCUUCAUCCCUUUGAUUGCACCAAGUAUAUCAAGUGCUGGAAUCAGCAGACUUAUAUCGAGAGCUGCACACCGGGCGAAAUAUUCAGCUUUUUCAAUCAGAAAUGCGUACCAAAGGAUCAAUGCAAGGGUCCCAGCGAUCAUGUAGAAUAUUUGAUCGAGACGACGACAGUCACAACCUAUGAGAUAGAAGAACCAGGACACCAAAAAAGUUUGAAUAAGAGCGGUGACAUUACCUGCCCACCGGGAUCUUCUGGUAUUCAUGCCCAUCCAUUCGAUUGCACCAAGUUUUUGGAAUGUGCAAAUGGAGAAACUUUCGUUAAGGUUUGCGGACCGGGAACUGCUUUCAGCACUGUCAAUAACAUUUGCGAUUUUGCUCAUAAUGUGGACUGCAGUGGCAGAAGUUCUUCACACGGCUUGAAUAAAGUUACCGAGACAAACCAUGGACCUGGCUACCCAACGAAACCAGCGGAUACUUACCCACCAUCGCAGUCACCCAAUCCUUUCACCCCACCUGCUGAGCACUUGUCAGAUCUUUUGUGUCCUUUUGGAGUGAACGGCAAAUUUGUUCACCCCUUCGACCAAACAAAGUUUCUACUCUGUCAGUUAGCUAAACUUUCGGUACAAAGCUGUCCGCCCGGUUAUGUGUUCAGCAUAUCUAGGGGUAACUGCCAGGUUAAGGCCCAGUUAGUCUACAGCGAUUAUGUGAGCUAUGUAGUCUCUGUGAUUAGCAUUGAACAAUCAAUGAUGCUCUCCGCUUGCCCUGAUGGCACUGACGGUCUUCAUCUGUAUCCAUAUGAUGCUGGCAAAUAUGUGCGUUGUUCCAGUGGUGGCAAGAUGUCCAUUUUAAGCUGUGGACCGCAAACGGCUUUUAGUUUGUCACAGCGAGCUUGUCGUCCAAGUCGUCAGGUGACAAAGGAAGACCGUGUGAAGUUCUGGGAAGAGUUGCAGGUUCAGACAGCGACAACGUAUACCAGUCAGGAUAUUCACACCCGUCAAUCUCCUCUUAGAGAUUGCCCAGACACUCUCCGGACAAAUUACCCCUAUCCCUUCCAUUCUGGACACUUUGUGAAAUGCCAGAAUGGGCAUUUGCAGAUUGAGAGUUGUCCCCCAACAGCUGUCUACAGUUUGUCCCAACGCAAGUGUGUGGGCCAACACCUUCUCUCCGCCCAUGACUACUUGGAUUAUGGCUAUAUCAGUGUACAGUUCUCGACUGACCUUAUACGGGACUUCUCAGCUUUGACUUGUCCUCAGCAAGCCCAGGGCUACUAUCUUCAUCCUUUUGAUUGCACCAAGUAUCUGAAAUGCUGGAAUCAACAAAUCUCCGUAGAGAACUGUAAGCCAGGCGAGGUAUUCAGCAUAUCGCGCCAAGAGUGUGCAGAUAGAGAUGAAGUAACGGAAGCUUACGAUCGUGUUGAGUAUUUUGAAGACACGCAGCAUGAGUUGAGCAAGGAGGAGGUUGAGGAAGAGGAGCAUCCGGAGCAGGAGACAGGAAACUCACAUGACGUAAGCUAUCAGCCGUCUUCUCCAUCAACUGGAAAGUAUCAGACUCCUUACAAUUCGAAUGAAGGCUACCAGCAACCCUAUCCAACUAAAGGAGGAUACCAGCCAUCUUCUCCAUCUAAUGGAGGUUACCAGCAACCUUCUCAAGCGAAUGGAAGCUACCAGCCACCUUAUCCGACUAAUGGGGUUUACCAGCCAACUUCUCCAGCAAUCGGAGCUUACCAGCCGCCCUACCAAGCUACUGGAGGUUACCAGCCAUCUUCUCUAACUAACGGAGGUUACCAGCCACCUUCUCAAGCGAAUGGAGGCUACCAGCCACCAGCUCAACCAAAUGGAGGCUACCAGCCAUCUCCUCCAAUUAACGAAGGUUACCAGCAUUCUUCUCAAGCGAGUGGAGGUUACCACCCACCUUCUGUAGCUAAUGGAGGUUACCAGACGCCUAUCCAAGCAAAUGGAGGUUACCAGUCACAUUCUCAAGAAAAUGGAGUUUAUCAGCCAUCCCAUCAAACUACAGGAGGUUACCAGCCUCCUUUUCAAUCGAAUGACGGUUACUUAUCGCAAACCCAAUCUACUGAUAUAACUUACUAUCCUGGGGGAGUAGAGCCUUCUGCUCCACCUUGUCCUUUGAUGUGCCCAGAACAGGUAAGUGGCCUGUUUCCGAAUCCAUUCGACGCUACCGGCUAUUUGACCUGCAUCGAUGGACACACUUUGGCUAGGCAGUGCCAGCCUCUCGAUAUCUUCAGUGUUUCCCAAGGUUACUGCCUGCCUGGGCAGCAUGUUGCCAUAACUGACCGUAUUCCGUUUGAAAAGAAGCAAGACGACCAAGAUAAUCCUUUGGCCUGUCCUAGAAAUUACGUAGGCUUCUUUGUCUAUCCUUUCGACUGUUCGAAGUACUUGAGCUGCGGUCCCAAUGGAAUGGAACUUCUGAGUUGUCCAAAUGAACAGCACUACAGUGUCUCGCUGGGAUUUUGCAAGCCCAUGGAUCAAGUACUGCGUGAGGAUCGUCUGUACACACUCAGUGAGCUCCACAUCAUUGUUGAGUGGACGCAGCGGAUGAAGAUUGAGGGCGCCGUUCCCGCCUGUCCCGAGGGGAUCACCGGAACAUUACCGCACCCACGCGUGCCCAGCAAAUACCUCCGAUGUGGACCAGGCCAGGCCGAGAUGUACGACUGUCCGAGCCAGAAGAUUUUCAGCAUUUCCCGUAGAGUGUGCGUGCUGGAUACGAAACUACCCAGCCACGAUCGCACCGAUUAUCUUGUUCGGGGGGUCACUUCCGGUUGGAUAGCUCCCUCUAAUGACAAUCGCCAGUCCAAAUCAUAUGAGACUUCUGGUCGCGAUCAGUUCGGCAAACGAUACACAACUACAACUACCACCACAACGCGGGUGAUUGGAGACCGUUGGUCGGACAUGAACAUGCAGCGACCAUCAGGCGCUGGACUGGAGCAAAACCCUCAUCAUCAUCAGCAUGCACACAACCCGGGCUGGACUGGCCAGGAAACAUCCUACGUCCAGCGCGGGCCCGCCCAGAAUACUCUAUAUGUGGAGGGAUCGCUACAGCCUAACCGUAAUUAUCAUACCUAUAAGACUCCGUUGGCCCCGAUGGCACCCAGCAACACGGGCAAGGUCUACUACGCCCAACCUGUUGCGGAACAGCAGCCAGAGCACGCAAGACCAGUGCCAUCGCGCCAAAACUUUAGUCGCAGAAUCGAUUACGGUUCACCGGGCAAUCGAUGGGAACCAAUGCCACCACUUGCUCCUUUGGGUGGCCAGCAACCAUUAAAUCUAGACUAUACACCCCAUACUCCUGGUGCAAGGGAACCCCAACCGCAAACUCCUCUGCCCGGACAGAAACCCAUUGACUUGGACUAUGAUGACCAACAAACCCCGCAAGAUCCGUACACCGGACUUCAGCCCCUUCCGGGAUCACCAUCUCGCUUCUAUCCAGAUCAAUUGCCCAGUGGUUCGAAACCAAUUGGUAAACAGCAACCUGUUGACUCGGAGUCCAAUGGUUUUCCAGACCAGCACAAGCCCAAUACUCCGCCAAGACAUAACCCCAACUACGGAUCGCCUUUGAGUAAUGAAUCCAAUCUUUAUGGUGGUCUAUUACCCCCCAAGCCAGAUUUCCCGGUUGACACCCAACCCACUUCAACACCCCGUCCUUUUCCUUCCAAGGCUCCAACACCGCAAUUGGCUAACCGACUGCACAUAUUUCCUAUUUACCCACCUGUGGUCAAUGCAACCUCACACCAGACUCCCAAUCAGCCACACUACAGUCCCUCGUACUCGGGAAUUGCCCACUCACGAAAUGCAUCCUGGUCAAAGGUUCCGGUGACGAGUACGACGCCAGCACAGGACCCCGAUCCUUUUAAUCCUGAAUCGGAUGAGCCCUUCUAUGAUGAUGGUGAUGAUUUCACACCCACAACAGUGAGACGGGGUUUGGUGCCACCACCUUUUGAUCACAAGUUCUAUAGCCCGCAAUCUCAGAUUCCAAGCUUGAGCCAAGGCUCUGAUCCCAACUCCCAAACGGCCAUCAAAGAGGCUCUUAAACUAAUGCUGCGUCCCUAUUUCAAUCAUAGUGGCAAUGCCCAAGAGAAACUAGCCAAGCAGGCUGAGUCAGCCAUAGUAUCUGUGAUUAGUAAACCUCCAACCACACCAAAACCAAAAACGACGACAACUUCGACGACUGCUAGAAUAGACCUCGACUCUGACGCCGAACUUAUUAAGGCGGGUGAACAGGAAAGCCUGGACGCCAUUGACGACGACUAUGUUUUUCCAGAUGCCGGGGAGACGUCCCGAACCGAGCAGACCCUAAAUCCCAGUACAACGUACGCCUCGACAGACUUUCAACGGAGUACCCGCAAAGCGGAAUUCGACUCGAACCCAACCACAACCACAAUGAAAAACAAUUGGCUUGCGUCUGGACACAGUCGUGACUACCACCAGCGUCAUCCAAAUUUGCCCGAUCCGUUCUCCGAGCACCAUCCCAAUCCCUCUCCCCACCACCACCACCACCACCACUACCACCACCAAAACCACCGCCAACCCCAUGAACACAAACACCACGAGCACAGUGCCGACUUCCAUCGUCGUCAUCCGGAACUGCCUAGUCCAUUCCCACAAAAGGAUGAAACCGACCAGCAGGCGGAACAAGAAGAGGACUGGGAGCUACUGGCCAAUCCCAAUGCUGAGGAAGUGACUCCCAAACUAAGCGCCCGUUCCAAUUUCGACAGUCAAUGCGACUUCGAUUGCGGUGAUGGCAAAUGCCUGAUGAAGGAGCAGAUCUGCAAUGGCCAGAAAAACUGCGAUAACGGCAGGGACGAGGCUAACUGCCCGCCAUUGGACUACGAAGUGCGUUUGACAGGAGGCGAAAGCCCUCACAUGGGCCGCAUUGAAGUCAAGGCUAAUGGGCAAUGGGGCUAUGUGUGCGAUGACAAGUUCGGCCUCAAGGAUGCCGAUGUCGUGUGCCGAGAACUGGGCUUUAAAAUGGGUGCUCAAGCGGUCCGUGGAAGCUCUAUUUAUGCUCCCCCCGACCAGGACUUUAAUUAUCUGAUGGAUGAAGUCGAAUGUCAUGGCAACGAGACAAAGCUGAGCGAGUGCCCCUUCAAGGGAUGGGGCAUCCACAACUGCGGAGUUGAUGAGGUGGCUGGCGUCAUCUGCAAAGUUCCGGUGAUGAAGUGCCCUAAUAACUACUGGCUAUGUCACACCUCCAAGGAGUGCAUCCCACCCGCCUUUGUGUGCGACAAUACCGAAGACUGUGCGGAUAAGUCAGACGAAUGCGCUGCCGUCUGUCAGGCACCUAUUCAGUACCGUUUGGAAGGAGGGCGCAACUCCAACGAAGGCCGCCUGGAGGUGAAGUACCAUGGUGCUUGGGGUAGUGUAUGCGAUGAUGAUUUCAACCAGAAGUCCGCUCAAGUGGCUUGCAAUUCCAUGGGCUUCUAUGGACCAGCGAAAAUCGAGAGGAACAUCUUUGGCAUUGGCAAUGGACCCAUUUGGCUUGACCAGGUGAUGUGCUUCGGCAACGAAACCAGCCUCGACAAGUGCAGCCACUGGAACUGGGGUGACCACAAUUGUAACCACACAGAGGAUGUGGCACUGCAUUGCACCGCUGGACCGCCACCUCGCAAUGAGAAGUUGUCCCAAAGCCAACUCAAAGGUGGAAGGCAGCUUGGGCAGGAUAGUCCCGCACCCUCGAGAAGCUACUCACAGAUUGGUCUGUGGGAGCGAUCCAGCAAGGCCCUCCAUACUCCCCGUCGUUGUGGAAUCUUCAAGGACGAUCUCACGGAUGAGUAUGCGCAUCGAGAGGAGCGCGUGGUUAGGGGAAAUGUGGCCCAGCGGGGUCGUCAUCCCUGGCAGGCCACCAUAAGAACCAGAGGACGUGCUGGCAUCUCCAGUCAUUGGUGUGGCGCGGUGGUGAUUUCCAAGCGUCAUCUCCUCACCGCUGCUCACUGUCUGUAUGGAACUCCAAAGGGAGCUUAUUUCGUUCGCGUCGGAGAUCACUAUGCGAAUAUAGCCGAGAACUCCGAGGUGGAUACGUUCAUAGAGAACUGGUACACGCACGAGGACUUCCGCAAGGGAACCCAUAUGAACAACGAUAUAGCCCUGGUUGUGUUGAAGACUCCUCUGAAGUUUAGUGACUACGUCCAGCCCAUUUGUUUGCCUGACAAAAAGGCGGAGCUCGUUGAGAAUCGUAAAUGCACCAUUUCCGGCUGGGGUUCCAUUAAAGCGGGAGUGUCUACUCCUGCGCAAGUCCUGGGAUCCGCUGAGCUUCCCAUUUUAGCUGAUAACGUCUGCAAGCAAUCAAAUGUGUAUGGAUCGGCCAUGUCGGAUGGAAUGUUCUGUGCUGGAUCCAUGGAUGAGAGUGUGGAUGCCUGCGAAGGUGACUCAGGCGGUCCACUUGUUUGUUCCGACGACGAUGGCGAGACAUUGUAUGGCCUUAUUUCGUGGGGUCAGCAUUGCGGCUAUAAGAACAGGCCGGGUGUCUAUGUCCGUGUCAAUCACUACAUUGAUUGGAUCUACGAGAAAAUUAAUGAGAGCUUGCUACGCUUUUAAGGACAAACAUUUCCCAAGCCCUUUAAUAUCCACCUUGUUACAUGACUAUUAUUUCUAAAGAAUUUUGUAGUGAGUUUAGUAAUAAAGCAAAUCAUUUAGAAAAUGUUUCAAUAUAG